AAAAUCCUGAGCAGCAAUAAUGAUUGCAAGAUGGAUGAUGCGAUUGACAAGCCGUACAUACUUUCUGGGCCAAUACUCAGCGAGAAAAUGAAGGAUGAAGGAGAGUUCGAAUCAGGGGUAUUGAAAACAAGUCGAGGACAUUUCAAAAUAAUCCGAGCAACUGCCGAGCAGUUUGCCAAAUUACAAGAGAGCGAAAAUGUUGUACAUACUGUCAAGGUGCUAACUAAUGAGGACAUGAGCGAAAUUAUGCCACCUUCUCAGCUGUUUUCUGUGGAAGACAUGGAUGGUUAUACUCUGGAGGGAUGUGGCAAAGAAACGCUGACCAUAGUGACGAAGACGGGUGAAGUGAGCAUACCUAUAUUCGCCACUGAGGACAGCCUUGGAGACGACAGUCAAUUCCUCAGUACCUGAGUUCGUCGCUCCCUCAAACCGCUACCUCAACCGUCGAGCAUUUGUUCCGCGUGAGUUUUAAUUGAACAGUACCAGGUGAUCUGGAUAACGCUAGACCAUACCCAUACAAAACGUUGAUAUUUCCUUUAAAACUAAUGUUGAGUGUGAUAUUUUAGCAAGCAAAGCCUUUUAACAGAUGAAGCAAUAAUAUUAUUCUUAUAGGAAACAUACGAUAUUAUAAAUAGAGGCCUGAUAUUCAAUCUUAGAUUAGAUUGAAUUCUGUCAUGAAUGCCUGUAAUUAUGAAACACCUGUAAUUGAAAUUAUGAUAUUCUUGAUAUGAUUAAUUUACUAUGAUAUUAUUAUCUUAUAUACAGUAAUUACAUGGAAUUCGAUGUUUGUGAUCAACUAAUUCUCAUUUUAAAUAGAGGCCUGAUAUUCAAACUUAGAUCAGAUUUAAUUCUGUCAUAAAUAUCUAUAAUUGAAUCGUUUAUUUCAGAAACCCGUCAAGUGUGGUUUUGAAAAUUCCCAAGCAGCAAGGGAAUGAGUAGAAAAGUACUUAAAAAGUUGUUUUUAAUCGUUGAAAAUCAUAAAAAAUUAUAGAUAUUCAUCUAUAAAUCAUUUACAAUUAAUGAACUUGGCAAAAUAUUAAUUUUAGAAUCAUUUACAGAGCUCUUAUAAUGAUUCUGAAAAAUUUUAAAAUGAUUAAAAUUACUUUUAAACCUA